UGCAAAAUCUUUUCUCCCAUCCCAUUUAUUACAGCUAUAAAUAUACGACAGUACUAUAUACUGUUCUUUUCUCUGAAAAAUUCGAGAAUUACAGAACUAGCGAUUCAAAUUCUUAACAAAUUUAUCAAAACAAGCGGAUCGGGAACUGCAACUUAAGGGGUCACAGACGCGUAUGAUCGAUCGUUAUAUGCUUGCGGAAGAAAGAUGGUGAAGUUGACUCUGAUUGCUCGUGUGACUGAUGGCCUUCCGUUAGCGGAGGGGCUGGAUGACGGUCGUGAUGUUCCAGAUGCAGAUUUCUACAAACAGCAGGUCAAGGCCUUAUUCAAGAACCUGUCAAUGCGCCAAAAUGACGCUUCAAGGAUGUCUAUUGAAACUGGACCUUAUAUCUUCCAUUAUAUCAUUGAAGGACAUGUUUGUUAUUUGACAAUGUGUGAUCGCUCUUAUCCCAAGAAACUUACCUUUCAAUACCUGGAGGACCUUAAGAAUGAGUUUGAGCGUAUAAAUGGGAGUCAAAUUGAAACUGCUGCUAGACCAUAUGCUUUUAUUAAAUUUGAUACAUUCAUACAGAAGACGAAGAAACUGUACCAGGAUACAAGAACUCAACGCAAUAUUUCUAAGUUGAAUGAUGAGCUUUACGAAGUUCAUCAGAUAAUGACUCGAAAUGUACAAGAAGUUCUUGGUGUUGGUGAAAAGUUGGAUCAGGUCAGUCAGAUGUCUAGUCGCUUGACAUCUGAAUCCCGGAUAUAUGCUGAUAAAGCGAAAGACUUGAAUCGUCAGGCUUUGAUUCGGAAAUGGGCGCCCGUUGCUAUUGUCCUUGGAGUUGUCAUUCUCCUCUUCUGGGUUAGAACAAAGAUUUGGUGAUGUUGCCAUAAAGAUGCAGCUCAGUGAUGAAGAUACUUUUGAUAUGCCCCUUUUAUCACCCAGAAGACCACCUGAGAGUUCAGUUGUCCAGCAUGUGUAGUGCGUGCUUUCCAGCUGUGGUUGCUAGUCGAGCCACACCAGUUUUUUAGUGUAAAAGAGAGGAAAUGAAGCGUGAUGGAUGAACUAUGUUGCUAAAUUUUAAGAAAUGAUAUCGAUUUGCAUUCUCUUUGACAUAUGUUCCUUUUUUUGGGUCUUAUUAGUUAACCUCAACACUUCCGGCGAGGUCAUUGUAGUUCCAGAGAUGAAAGUUCACGACUUGGAGAAGUUAAAGCAAAAUCAAAUUAGGCCUCA